AAGUAUUCGACACUCAAGCGAGAAUUUUGUUAAAAAUGUGUAACCUUUAAUCUGAAUCGUUUAAAACAUUGCAAUCAAUCUGCAGCUUAUGUAAUAUUAGCAGAAUUAGCACUAGGACUCGACUGAAUUGUCUCUGGCUAUAAUAUUCUCUCAGAGUGGUUUAAUCUCGACUACUGCGCAUUUAAAUGGUUCGAAACUGACCAACGGUGUGUGCGUUUACUGAAGCUAUUACAAUUACAAAUCUAUUGUUAAUGCAAGCGUUCGAUCACUUUUGCGAGCAACUGUACGCACACAUACGUACAUAUAUUUCGUGUACAUGUACCAUGAAUGCGGUGAAGUCCAAAAUCGUACGAUAUCUCGAUUUGCUAUCAAAUAGACCGGAGUUGGCGGUAUCUGUUAAUUGAACGAAGAAUUUCUUUUUUGAAACUGAUAAAAGAUGCCAGAAAACGUGUUAAAUGGGGACCACGUUGAUACGAAAGGCGUUAAUUGUGAAACUCAAGACAACGAAGAAGAUGGUAACGACAAUGAUAUACAUUUUGAACCAAUAAUUUCCUUACCUUUAAUAGAAGUGUCUAAUAAUGAAGAGGAUGAGGUUGAAAUGAUUAAAAUGCGGGCAAAAUUAUACCGCUAUGAUUCGUCCAAUAACCCUGCAGAGUGGAAGGAACGUGGAACGGGAGAAGUAAAGUUGUUAAGGCAUAAGAUAAAAAAUACUGUACGAGUUGUAAUGCGAAGAGACAAAACAUACAAAAUCUGUGCCAAUCAUUUUGUCACACCUUGGAUGGAAUUGAAACCAAACUGUGGCAGCGACAGAGCAUGGGUCUGGAGUGUGCUUGCAGAUUACGCAGACGAACAAUUAAAACCAGAGCUACUAGCGAUACGAUUCGCAAACGCGGAAAAUGCAUCCGUGUGGAAGGAAGCGUUUGAGAAGGCGAAGAAGAUAGUAGGUUCUGAGUGCGAAAUAUAUGCUGGGAAAAAUGAAAUGGAUGAAAAGCACGCAGAGAGCGACAGCGAACCUUCCAGCGAUGUGAGUUACAGUGAAAGUACCGACAAUGAAGAACAAGGGAAAAAACAGACAGGAAACGAAAAUCUAAAAGUUCCACGUAGCGAAAUUGAAAAAGCAAAUAAUGAACAAGAAUUAGAAAAAGUAUCAAAAGAAUUCGAAGAGUUACAGGUGAAAGCUACAGAGGAGAUUUAAAGGAUCGUUGCAGUUUGGUGAAAUGAUGGGCGGUCGAUUAAAAAUGCACAUUCCGGCAUAAUUAACAUGCAUGCAUAUGCUUAAAUAUUUGAGCAUCGAACGUUAACGUAGGACAACUUUUUAGCAAUAAUUUUAUUAAACAGAUGGAAUAAACUUCGAAUUUACGAGUAAGACAAUAUUUAUACGAAUCUUGUACAUUAUCUGUGAUCUUUUAGCGGAGAAUGUUUUAGCAUUUAUACUAUUAAAAAAGCAAAGGAAAACAAAGAAUAAUUUCAAAGAAAAACAAAGUCAAAUGAAAAUACGAGAAACUACUUACGUGUGAAAAACAACUACACAGUGAGGAGAAUAAGAAUCAUUAUUCAAUUACA